AUGGAAGGCUCAAAGGGCGGGGGCCGCCCCCGCAGCCUCGGAGAACACCUGAUACUGCAGCUGCUGCAGCGCAGCCACGAAGAGCUUCUUGCUGCUGCUCUCUCUAACAACUCCAGCCCCUGUUUGCUGCUGCUGCCGCAGGAGAGCCAACUCAAGGGUUUCCACAUAGACCAGGCUUUUCUAGAAACUCAUAUUCUACAAGGCACUCCUUACAAAGACACUUAUGUCAACUUGAGGGGCCAAGAAGUCGACAGGGUUGGCCAGGAGCUCACCGCCUCUCUUGGAUUCAGAGCCAAAGUUUGUGUCUCUAUACUGCGAGAGGAGCAGCUUUUUGCUGCUGGGGGCCCCUUCACAUGCCUGUUAAUCUCCACGCCGCUGCUGCCGCUGCCCGCUGGCAGACAGAGCGACGGGGUGGCCCCUACGGGGGCCCCCGCCAGCUCAGCGCGCAAGCCCGAGGACGCAGAAAGGGGCCCCCAGGGGGCCCCGGGGGCCCCGGGGCCCCAGGGGCCUCAGGGGCCCCCAGGGGGCCCCCUGUCGCCAGACAGCCCAGUACCCUUUCUCUCCGCCACUGAGACCCAACAGAAAGUGGAGCGCUGGUGGAGGCAGGGGGCCCCAGGGGCCCUUGCUGAGCGAGGCGUGCAUGCGGAGAUUGAGCGUUUCAAAGCCACUUAUGUGCUGGUGCCUGGGCUUGACGGGGCGCUGGCGCAGCGCCUGCGGCGGCUAACUGCUGCUUGCUGCCGCCACCUGCCCCAGGGCCUCGCGGAGUCGAAGGAAGCAGCGAGAGUCAUGGAGCGGUUUGUGUGGUUGGAGGCGCACGACCGGCUGUGGCCUUUCUUUCUCGAGGCUGGCGAGUCGAAGCAAAAAGAAAUUGAACGGGGCCUUUUAAUCUUCAGAACUUCCGUGGCUUCUUCUCUAGAAGCUUUGGGUCUUCGUCGGGAGCUGCGGGGUACAGACACCCGGGAGGCGGGCAAGGAGCUGGGCAAGGUGCCCUCUAUGCUGCUGCCCCACGAGAAGCUGCAGCAGCUCUGCCGCGCUGUGGACGCAAUUCACCGCGCAUGCAAUUCUGCUGUUGCUGCUGCUGCUGCUUCUAAAGGCCCUUUGGGGCUUGCUCGAGAAGAUGCUGUGGAGGUUUGCUGCGAAGACCUCGUGGCGCUGCUGGUCUUGGCCCUUGCAGAGGGGGGAGCAGCAGCAUUUGUGGCCAGCUAUUUGCACAUGUUGGUACUGCUGCUGCAGCAGGUGCGUGCUUUUGUGUCUCUCCCAGGGCCUGCGUCCCUUGUUCUCCUCCCUAGCAGCAGCAGCAGCAGCAGCAGCAGUGGCAGUAUCAGCAGCAGCAGCAACAAGGGCGUGCUUUCAUUUUUGGCUGCAUGCGUUUCUUUGCUGAGUGCGUUGGGCCGAGCUGCAUGCAUGCGGGGGCUGUGA